GAAGUUUCAUUAAUUUUUGCUUUUCGCUAGCUUGUCCCCUUUAUCUUUUUCUUUCUUUCUUGCCCAAAUGCGAUUUCAUAUCAGCAAUAUAAAUUCAACACAAGCCUGCCACUGUCAUAGUUACUCCCUCAUAUCUCAACUUCAUUUGAACUGCUGUCUCACACGUCUCUCUCUGGUAUACACAAAACAAGUCAGGGAAUUACUUUAUAUCGAGAGAAUUCUCUCCUUAGAACUCCUAAAUGUCUAGAAAAGCAAGCAAGAGGGUGAGUUUCAGUCCAGACAUUGACGACAAGUCCGCAAUCCUUCUUGAAUAUGGUGGGAGCGCCAAUGGUGGAAGAAGCAGAAAGAGGGUCGCCCCUACAUGGUCAUUCAGGCUUGCCAAGGAGUCGCAAUUCUCGCCGUCACAGUUUUUCCGGCGCCUCGGAGAUAAGGCGACGAAAGUUCUGAGAUGUGUGUCGAGCAGUAGGUCUUCACGUAAGGUGUCGUCAUCGGCUCCUCAGUUCAUGAGGUCGCGGUCCUUGGCGGACCAGUCGGAAUCCCACAGAGCUGAAGCUAUCGAGGAUUGCAUCAAGUUCUUGAAUUCCUCGUGCUCGCUGCAGAGAUCGAAUUCAGUUUCAAGCGCUUGUUGACGCCCCCCUUUAUUUCUGUGGCUAUCUGCUUUUUUAAGGCUUUAUGAUCAUGCAAACCAUGUAAAGGAAGUGCGAGAAUUGUAUUGGGUGAUCAUCGAGAAUCGUUGUUCAGAUUAGAAAGAUACAGGUAUACGCUGUAGGUGCAAUCCGAUUGUCGUCGAACCGUGUAAAUCGUGAGUUUGUUCAGCACGUAGACACUUAGUUAACGAAAUCAAGUGGAAGCUAUGCAGCGCGUACGAUACGAGUGCUCUUUUUCCAAGUGAAUUUGAUUGUACUAUGGCAGCCACUAUCUCUCCUGUAUAACCAUUUCUUGGACAAAA